UUGAAGGGCUUCGCUCGGAUUCUGUGAAAUGUAAAAUGUUUAUUGUUCGUAGCACAGUGGAAUUUGCGUAGGAAGGAAACAUGAGGACGCACGGAUUCUUUUUGUUACUUGCGGGAACAUCGUUUUUGUUAAUCUGGUACUACAUAAACCAGCUGGGUUUUGGCGAGCCGGAUACUGCUGAUCGUUUGCAGCUGGGAGUUAACAAAUUCAAAGACAACGACAGUAGACCUUUACAAAACCUGAUGGGAACCAGCACUGAAAUUACUCUGGUUGUUGUUGCGUGUAACGAGCGUCAACGUGUCAACGAAGCUCUCAAUGUGUUUAAGUCAGCUAUAAUGUUUAACCACAAUCGAACACCUUUGCGGUUUGUUGUGAUAGCGGAGGAUAAAUUGAAACUCAAUUUCAUGGAAAAACUAAACGAUUGGCAGCAGCUUACCGGCCGGCUAUUCAGUUACGAGAUCCAUUCCUUAACAUUCCCUAGCCCAAACAAAAAUGAAUGGAGAAAACUGUUUAAACCUUGCGCCGCUCAGCGACUUUUUCUACCGUCUCUAUUAUUGCACUUGGAUGCAGUUAUAUACAUAGAUUCUGACACCAUCUUCCUGUCGUCGGUACAAGAGAUAUGGGGUCUUUUUCAGGAAUUCAACGCAACUCAAUUCGCCGGUAUGGCACCUGAGCAUGAGGAUAAGAAUGCGGGGUGGUACAAUCGAUUCGCUCGCCAUCCCUACUAUGGUGAUCUGGGUGUAAAUUCUGGUGUGAUGUUGAUGAAUCUCACGAGGAUGCGCCAGUUUAACUGGCAGGACCAUAUCCUACCGAUUUAUCGCGAGUAUCGUCUCCGGCUAGUCUGGGGAGAUCAGGACAUAUUGAACGUGCUGUUCCACUAUCACCCAGACCGAUUGUACGUGUUUCCGUGCGAAUGGAACUACCGCGCUGAUCAUUGCAUGUAUAUGAGUGUAUGUGAUGCGCCCGAUGGAGUAAAAAUAAUUCACGGUAACCGUGGAUAUUUUCACAAGCAAGCUCAGCCAAUCUUUAAUCUCAUCUACACCACGAUCGAAGAAUAUAAUUUCGGGACUGAUGUAUAUUCGAAUGUUAUACGAACCAUCGAAGAAUCUUUAAUGCUACCGAGUCACUCGAACUGUGAUAAGUUAUUGGAUAAAUUCCUGUACGACCCACGAAAACACUUCAAGAAGAAGCAAACCGACGGGAUGACGUAGAGGAAGCCGAUGAAGAAGCUGACAAACCUACCAUGUAUACAUUAUUUCAAGACCUUGAGUGAUUUUUUUACAUUGUACAUACAUAACACUUUUGUGUAAAUAAAUCGGUAAAACGUUUCAUUGUUAGAUAUA